CUGAUAGAUCCCAUUCUGUGCCUGCUCAGUAUAACUUCCAGACAUGGAGCCAAUGACCAUGUUCCUCUGUCUUUCCAUUUUCUUACUUUCACUCCUGACAUGGAAGAUACACAAGAAACGACUUCAACUGCCCCCGGGACCCUUUCCUCUUCCGCUGCUGGGAAAUGUGCUACAGGGGACCACUGUGCUCUAUGACUCUUAUCGCAAGUUUUAUGAAAAGUACGGCCCAGUGUUCACUAUAUGGCAAGGUUCCACACCGCUGGUGGUACUCUGUGGGUAUGAGGCACUGAAAGAUGCUUUGAUCAACCAAUCUCAGGAAUUUGGUGACCGUGGGAUCUUUGCACUGUCUGGGAGGUUAACCAAUGGAUAUGGUGUCCUUAACACAAAUGGAGAACGAUGGCAGCAGUUGCGUCGCUUUUCAAUCACUGUAUUUAGAAACUUUGGAAUGGGGAAGCGGUCCAUGGAAGAGAGAAUACAAGAGGAGGCUCGGCACCUUAUUCAGGCUGUACAGGACACAGGAGGGAAGCCAUUUAAUCCUGUCCAUUUACUUGGACGAGCGGUAAACAACAUUAUUAAUUUAACAGUGUUUGGAAGAAGCUGGGGCUACGAAGAUAAGACACUUCUUAAGCUGGUCAACGUGUUGAAUAACAUCCUUCUCUUCAUCAGAACCCCAUUAGGAGUGAUAUAUGCUGCCUUCUUCAAGAUCAUGCGGCACCUGCCGGGCCCACACCAAAAGAUAUUCCAUGACAGUGAGAUAGUGAAAUCUUUCAUCAGAGAGCAGAUUCAGUUUCACAGGGACACACUGGAUUCCAAUUCCCCACGGGAUUAUAUUGACUGCUUCCUCAUCAAAGCUGAUCAGGAAAAGGACCUGCACUCAAGUGAAUUCAGCCAAGAAAAUCUGGUGAACACAGUGUUUGAGUUAUUUUUAGCCGGAACAGAGACCACUGCAAAUACUAUGCAGUUCAGCUUGUUGGCCAUUAUUACAUACCCCCAUAUUCAAGAACGGGUUCAGAAGGAGAUAGACCAAGUAGUUGGAUCAGAUCGACUGCCUGGGAUAGCAGACAGACCCCAGAUGCCAUACACUAAUGCCGUUAUUCAUGAGAUUCAAAGGUUCUUGGAUCUUGCUCCACUGGCCCUUCCACACAUGGUAACACAGGACACAGUAUUUAAAGGUUUCAGACUCCUCAAGGGAACCACAGUCAUUCCAUUAAUUGGCUCAGCCCUAAGGGACCCGGCACACUGGGAAACACCGGAGGAAUUCAAUCCUGAACACUUCCUAAACCAGAAUGGAGAGUUUUAUAUGUGCCCAGCAUUCAUGCCAUUCUCAGCAGGAAAGAGAGUGUGUCUGGGAGAAGGACUGGCUCGUAUGGAAAUCUUCCUCUUCUUCACUGGACUGCUCCAGAAAUUCACAUUCACAUCUGCAAAUCAGACUGAUACAUUUGACUUAAGGACACUGAGAAGGGCCUUCCGGAAAAAAGGGCUUGUCUAUAAAUUGAGAGCCAUUCCUAGGACCUGUACUCUGAAGAACUAAUACAAUAAUUCUGCUAAUGACGGAUCUCAAAUUAAACUGAAUCUAAUAGAAUUUGCCAUCAUGAAGAUUAACAGAAACUGAUUUAUUUCAUAUGUUAGCAUAAUUAGAGCUCACGUUAAGUUAAGAAGACUUGGAACACUGAAAAGCAGAGACACGCUCAGAUUCGGGAGAUUAGUUGCCUGGCGACAAAUCUCCUUUGGAAGUUUCUUCAUGAGGCAAUUUCUGGCGACUUCUGAAAUCAAAGCACUCUGGAAACUUACAUUCAAGCUGGCAGGAGGCAGUUCGGGAAGAUUAGUCGCCCAGAAGAAGAGGACAUUUGUCGCCGGACGACUAAUCUCCCCAUUUCUGAGCAUGUGCCCUGACCCUCACAGGUGGUUGUGGUUUCCCAUCCACCCCCUUACCAAUUUGCUGUGUCUGUUUGAAAGCCCUGCAAAAAAGAGAGCUACUGAGCUGUUCACCUUUGCUUCUUUAUGAGAUCAUUUGUAACUUGAAAGUAUUGAUAUGUUUUACUGCCAAGUGUAAGACCAAAUAGAUUUACCCCAAUAUUCUGAUCAGAGAAGACUUGUUUUGUUUUCCUUGAAGAAGCAACAACUGCUGGCAGCUCUACAGUUAAUAUCACACCUGGAGUCAAAUGUCCAUUUUCUUUCACAAGAUUCUGGUCUGUCAUUCCCAUUUAUUGAAUAUUCCAAAGACAAUUUUUUUUUCUUGUCAACUAGGCUAGAUACAUUUUUGUAGGACAUACUUAAUUAUCUAUAACGUUAAUUGUUUUAUUCAGCUAAUUUGUAUUCCAUUUACAUUGUGAAACAUAUAUUUUUUUUGUGCCAUGUCCCCUGAGUGGACAAUAUUUAACUCAUGCAAUUAAUGCCAAUUGAAGCUUAUAAAAGGCAGAAAGACACUCUUGAAAACCAUGGAUGGACUGGGCCAGCUGGAUACUGGAAAAAACCUGAUGGGCCCCAUCCCUCUUGGGCCCUGCAGACCAGGACCCUGCGGGCUCCACAAACCCCAGCGGAUUUGGCAUGAGUUAAAUAUUGUCCACUCAGGGGACAUUGGCACAAAGGUAAAGAGUUAUCUGUGACCCAGGCUCUAACUUGCAUCCAUAAGGUUAUUACUUCAGGUUCUACAAAUGAAGCAGAAUGCUGCACAAUUUUGGGCAGGUGGAACUAGUAUUAAAUAGGAUUGAGUGUCUGGGUUGUAGACACAACCUCUCUGUAUGAUUUCAUCAGCAUAAUUUCUGGAUUUCCCUUAACAAAUAGGUCAAUAUUGAUAGUUUUAGGACCCUGCUUUGCUUUUUUCAGGAAUUUAUCUGGUUAUAGUAAGAAAAUGUAGAAAUAACUGAAACCAGUAGUCUAACCUAAAAAGAAUACUCCUAGUGUCAUAUGUUUAAUAUUUGUUCAUCUUUAUUCCAGAAGCCAUUUCAAGAAUUGUAUUUCUGCCAAAUAAAAUAAUUUUAGUCCUAUUUUGAGAUACGGUAUUCAACACAGGGAAAAGGAAUCAAAACACAGCUCAUGUUAUACUGGAAUCAAAUGACUGGCUUGUAACCAGUGACAUCUGCUACUGAUCUAGUAACUAACAGCAAUCAGCAGGUAGCAUUUACUUCGCAGCUGUGUGAAAACAAAGCACUAAAGGUCCGAAGAGGUUGAAUAAACAGUUUAAAUCCGCAAGUGUAUGGCCAUCUCUGUAAUGAUAAAACAGUAAGUAAUAAAACAUUUAUUGGGA